AUGUCAGACCAAAUUGACAUUCUUCUCUACGGCCUAGGCGCCAUUGGCUCUUUCUAUGCCUUCAUCCUAAAUCGUUCCGACCGUGUACGGUUAACGGUGGUUGCGAGGUCAAAUUACGAUGCAGUGCUCGCAAAUGGAAUCACCAUCAACAGCGAAAACCAUGGCCAGCAUAACUUCCGUCCCUACAAAGUUGUCAGAUCUCCCGAAGAGGCAUCUGCCAUGGACUACGUCGUUUGCGCGCACAAAGCCAUCGAUCAAGACGAGGUAGUGGCCCAGUUGAACCCCGUCGUAGACCCUAGCCGAACCACGAUCGUGGUAAUCCAGAACGGCGUUGGCAAUGAGGAGCCAUUCCGGAAGCAGUUUCCCCAAAAUUCGAUUCUUACCUGCGUGACCUGGGUGGGAGCUAUACAAAGCAGUCCCGGCGUCGUGAAACACACCAAAUCCGAGGAUAUGCAGAUUGGCCUCUUCCCCAAUGCCCAGCUCGACAGCUCCAUCGAGAAGCAACGCCUCGAUACCUUUGCCGACCUCCUCCGACACGGUCGGACCCGCUUCAAAGUCCUCGAAAACAUGCAGCAACAACGAUGGGAGAAGGUUGUGUGGAACGCGGCGUGGAACUCGUUAACCACGCUGACGAUGGUCGAUACGCAAACCUGGCUACACUCGUCGCCCGAUGCGGAGCCUUUUACUCGCUCGCUGAUGCGAGAAGUCAUUACCAUCGCGCGUGCUUGUGGUGUGCCAUUGGAGGACGAGUUGGUUGAUCAGCUGAUGGAUAAGAUCAAUGCGAUGCCUGGCAUUGGGAGUAGUAUGCAGACGGAUUGCAAGUCUGGCAGGCCAAUGGAGAUUGACGUGAUCCUGGGCUUUCCCGUACGCAAGGCCAGAGAGCUGGGUAUCUCCGCGCCAUAUCUAGAGGCCAUCUAUGUCAUUUUGCGAGCUGUGGAUGGUCGACUGCGUGCUGCACUGUAA